GUGAUUUUGAAUAUCGUGUCUCUGUUUUUAUUAUGAACGAUUUAACUUUUAUUAUUUUUUAUCAUUAUCACUGCGUUGGAUUGGACAUUAACCCUAAUGAUAUCGACCUUUAUAACCGAAAGAGUAGCUGUGUAGAGUAAUAAUUUAAAAAAAAAAUCUUAUAACACAUCAUAAUAAUAAUGUUUUUAUCUUCUAAUUUAACUUCAAAAAUUACAAUGCCAAAAAUAUAUACACAAUUUACAAGUGCAAAUAAUUUUCAUAGUAGCAGGCUGAAAGGCAAAGUAGCUCUAAUCACAGCGUCUACUGAAGGUAUCGGUUAUGCUAUAGCGAAACGAUUGGGCGAUGAAGGGGCGUCGGUUGUUAUAAGCAGCAGAAAAGAAGAUAAUGUGAAACAAGCUACAGAUAGUUUACGUAAAGAUGGUAUUAAUGCUGAAGGUCUAGUCUGCCAUGUAGGCGAUGCAGAACAUAGACAAAAACUAUUUGAUUUUGCGAAAAAAAAAUAUGGAGGUAUCGAUAUUCUUGUGUCUAACGCAGCUGUUAAUCCCGCCGUGUCGCCAAUAUUAGAGACCGAUGAAAAAGUUUGGGACAAAAUUUUUGAAGUCAAUGUAAAAUGCUCGUGGUUAUUAGCAAAAGAAGUUUAUCCUGAGUUAAUCAAAAGAGGAGGUGGAAGCAUCGUAUUCAUUUCAUCUAUUGCUGGAUACCAACCAAUGGAACCUUUGGGUCCUUAUAGCGUCAGUAAAACAACUCUUCUGGGAUUGACGAAGGCUAUCGCAAGCGAAGUUGUUAAUGAUAAUAUUAGAGUCAACUGUGUAGCUCCUGGAAUAGUUGCGACGAAGUUUGCUUCUGCGAUAACUUCUUCCGAGGCGGGAAAAGAAAAGAGCCUGUCCAUAGUGCCUAUGAACAGAUUUGGAAAACCAUCAGAAAUAGCUAGUGCUGUUGCUUUUCUGGUAUCAGACGAUGCAAGCUACAUGACUGGAGAAACACUGGUCGUAGCUGGGGGCACUUAUGCGCAUCUUUAAGACGAUAUUCUUUAUAAAUACAUAUAUUACUAUCAAAUAUUUUGUUAAUUUUACCGUGCCAGAGGUAGACAAUAUUUAUAAUUCAUUUAUUUUUAAGGUUAAUGGGAUAUUUUAUAUCAAUCAAAUUUUUUUUAAUAAAUGAUAUAUUUUUAUAUUAUUCUUAUAUCUUUGAUUU